CAUCACUAACGUGCAACCGUCACUGAAGAAGGAGCAAAGCCGCCCCAAUGGACUGUCAGAACCGUACUGCCGCAGGGGAUAUCAACAUGGGUCCAACAAGACACGGGAUAUGAUCGUCGCUCUACAGGCAAUACGAGAAUAACUCUUUAGGAAAACCAAAGAGACGGCCAGAAUGCCUAGCUGGUGCCCAAUCAUGCAUGAAUGGUCUUUGCUCUCAGCAAGUCGGAGCAAUGCGUCCGCGCGGAGCUGACUCCUGUCAAAGAUACGAAGGUAUGAACCCGAGGGGAUGGGACGGUAACACCUACCUUGCACUAACUCAUUGCAUGAACGCCUCUCGCUACCCCCUGCUCUUUAAUGUCUGUGUCUCACUGUUGGUGCCAGCAAGGCGGAACGGGAUUCUCAGUCGUACGACUCAAGACGACUCUUCCCUCGAGUAUUGGCAUAUGAGUUCAUUUUCUUUCUCGAUCUUCCCAGCAACUUCUUCUAUACUUCAUCAUGGGAGAGCCAAUCAAGACGCCUACCGUUGGUGGGCAAGCGUGUGAGGACCAAAUCGAACUGCAACAUGCCACUGUCACAAAGGCAACAGGCACGGCCGCAGACAGGGAUGCGAUGCAUCGGAUGGGCAAGGUGCAAGAGAUGCGGCGCAACUUUAGGUUUGUAUCCGUAUGGGCGUUUUCCAUGAUCUUGAUGUCCAGUUGGGAGACUAUGCUUGGCACUGCAGCUAUUGGGCUUAUCGACGGCGGCACUGCUGGGCUGAUCUGGAUGUAUCUCAUAUGUUGGAUUGGUUUCAUAUGUGUCAACACAUCCAUGGCAGAGAUGGCCUCCAUGGCACCGACGGCUGGCGGUCAGUACCACUGGGUCUCGGAGUUUGCUCCACCACAGAGCCAGAAGUUUUUGAGCUAUUUGAUUGGAUGGCUUUGCGUGCUUGGGUGGCAGACAGGUGCGGCCAACACUGCGUUCCUAGCUGGUUCACAGAUACAAGGACUCAUUGCACUGAACAAGCCGGACUACGAAUUCCAGGCAUGGCAUGGCACUUUGCUGGUCUUUGCCGUCUCCGCGUUCAACAUCGUCUUUAACACAUUCUUUGUCAGGAGAUUACCUCUCAUUGAGUCUAUCGUUCUAGUGGUCCACAUCUUCGGCUUCUUCGCGAUACUCGUUGUCCUCUGGGUGACUGGACCAAUAGCCGAUGCCCACACGACGUUCACUACCUUCAACGACUUUGGCGGAUGGAAUUCUAUCAGUUUAGCCACACUGUCUGGACUCGUAGCUGUAGUCCUGCCGCUUCUUGGAGCAGAUGCUGCUGUUCACAUGUCGGAAGAGCUCCAAGAUGCUUCGAAGACGUUGCCCAGAAGUAUGCUGUGGACGACGUUUGUGAACGGCUCGAUGGGCUUCAUCAUGCUCAUUACGUUCUGCUCUGUCCUAGGCAGUAUCGACGACGCAUUGGCCUCCCCUACAAAGCAAGCGUACCUUUACGUCUUUUACAACUCCACCCAGUCGGUCGCAGGAGCAACGGUCAUGGGAGUGUUGGUCAUAUCCAUGGCAAUCUUUUGCAAUCUUUCCAUUACCGCGACAUCUUCCCGCCAGCUCUUCGCAUUUGCCCGAGAUCAGGGCGUUCCGUUCAGCAGCACCUUUGCCUACGUCUCACCAAAAUGGAACGUACCGGUUAACGCAAUUUGCUUGUCUUUCGCAAUCUCAUGCCUGCUCUCCUUGAUCAACCUCGGGUCGACCGCCGCCCUCCUGAACAUUGCUUCCCUCUCGACUGCUGCUAUUCUUGCCUCUUACAUUGUUUCGAUAUCCUGCAUCAUUCUCAAGCGUGUUCGCGGCGAGCCACUUCUCCCGUCAAAGUUUAACCUGGGAAAAGCAGGUCUUCCCAUCAACAUUGCGUCCAUUGUAUUUCUCGUCUUCGUUUUUGGUUUCUCGUUCAUGCCGAUGGGGCCACGGCCAAAUGCAGCAGGUAUGAAUUGGAGUAUCCUCAUGUUCGGCUCCACGGUGUUGCUAUCUAUAGCUUACUACCUUUUCAAGGGUAAGCACGUGUAUGCGGGACCGGUGGCAUACGUGCGGAAGUCUGUGUAGUGGGUCUGAGUAGAAUAACCGCUGUAUACCUUGAUCGACAAUUCAGUGACCUCGGCCAGCUACUUUUUCGACGUGUUUUCACGUCCGAGUCAGCUGAUCAUCUUUUCGUUUCCCAAGCAUACGCCGUGAGACUUUGUC